CUGAGAACCAUCCAGGAUGGACUUCUUGUAUUACUCUAGGAGACACCAAUUUGAAGGCCACAGACAAGCGGAAGGCACUGGAGGAGACCAUGGCCUUCACUACCCAGGCUCUGGCCAGUGUGGCCUACCAGGUGGGCAACCUGGCUGGGCACACUCUGCGCAUGUUGGACCUACAGGGGGCUGCCCUGCGGCAGGUGGAAGCCCGUGUGAGCACUCUAGGCCAGAUGGUAAACAUGCAUAUGGAGAAGGUGGCCAGAAGGGAGAUUGGUACCUUAGCCACCGUCCAGCGGCUGCCUCCUGGCCAGAAGGUCAUUGCUCCUGAGACUCUCCCUCCACUCACACCCUACUACAGGAGACCCCUCAACUUUGGCUGCCUGGAUGACAUUGGCCAUGGGAUCAAGGACCUGAGCACACAGCUGUCCCGGACUGGGACCCUGUCUCGCAAGAGCAUCAAGGCGCCUGCCACACCUACGUCCGCCACGCUGGGGAGACCACCCCGGAUCCCCGAGCCCGUGCAGCUCCCCGUGGUGCCCGACGGCAAACUCUCGUCCGCCUCGUCCGCCUCUUCCCUGACCUCGGCCGGCAGCGCCGAAGGGGUCCCCCAACCCAAGGGGCAAGCCGCACCCCCAGCCCUGCCGCCGCCGCCCGUGGCAACCGAAGUCUUCCUGCCUCCUCCACCUCUGGAAGUGCUGUCUGCGCCCCCGCCAGAGCUGCCCCCGCCCCUGGACCUGCCCCCGCCUCCGGCCCUGGAAGAUGACAGCGAACUGAGUGUGCUGCCCCCGCCCCCGCCAGGCUUUGGAAGCGAUGAGCCCAGCUGGGUCCCUGCUGCAUACCUGGAGAAAGGUACCUGGACUUGUGGGACUAAAAGGUCACCAGAUCUUGUUGCCAGGGUUCUAGACUCUGUUGUCCCUCCCCCCAACUUUUCUACCUCCCUCAGAGGUAUUUUCUCUUCCUGCUGCCAAGGUGAACAUAGAUGCCCCAUUUUUUCCGGAUGGAGUUCUGACUUAGGCUGACACAAUAUUGAAUAUUACCUGAGCUGGGGAGGGGCUCCAGGUUUGAAAGAAGCUUCUUCCCUGUGGCCUUCACCCUCAGAGGUUCCCUAGAGUUCAGGACUCUGGCCCCUGCAUCCUCACUCUGGAUAAGGACAGGAGGCACACCUUACAAGGGGCACCCUUUCCUCUUGCCCCGCAGUGGUGACACUGUAUCCAUACACCGGUCAGAAGGACAACGAGCUCUCCUUCUCUGCGGGCACCACCAUCUGCGUCACCCGCCGCUACUCGGACGG